GCUAACGUCGUAAGUAACAAGACAGCCUUUGAGUGAGGUCGGAGUUAAGCCGUCAGCACAGGCCUGGCAUGCAGCAACCAAGUGUCAGAUGUCACCUUGGAUUCGUCUUAGGGACACGGCAGGCAGUUUUCCUUAGGACCCAAAACACAGCACAGUCUGUGCUCUCGGGCGUGAUGUGGUCCACGCCACCCUACACCCAGCUCUCCCGCAGUGCUGGGCAAUGUGAGUAGCGCUGCAGCCCAGCCAGCAGGAUGUGGAUGAGAGACACAGAGGGGCCAUGACAGCCUUGCACCAGCGGGAAGCCCACUGGCUUUACAACUCCACUCCCAAGUGCAGACCCAAACAGUUCACAGCAGCAGCCUUCUCAUCCCUCCAAGGAGAAACCACCCAGAUGCCCAGCAGCUGCUCAGAGAGCAGGUUAGAAUGGCAGGAGCUGCCUCAACAUGGUGCUGAGAUCAGCAGCCCGCAGCUGGGAGGGGCAGCCGGUGCAGUGUGGAUGGCUGGUCGAGCCAGGAAAGGGGCCUUUGUCUCCCGUCCAGCUGGCCAAGACCUGGAAAUUGAGACUGUGGCAGAGAGAGUGAAAGACAGCACAGCACUGAAGCUUCCUGCACUCUGGAGGCAGACCAGGUAGAGCUGGGCCCUCUGGUGAGCACCUGAGAAGGAGGCCUUCCUGUUCCAUGUUCUAGGGCCAGACUGCCUGACAUCCAGGGGCCCAGCUCGCAGCAUGGAGGAGGACACGGGGGACUUCCCCUCUGCUCAGGACCACCACUACUACCCGCUGGACCUGUACGGCUCGGACAGGCUGCCCCUCUUCCCAGGAGAGAGCCCCGGGCCGCGGGGAGGCAGGGUGCGUGCGGGCCGGAGCAGGGAAGCCCAAGGCUCAGCACGGGCAGAGGAGGAUGCAGAUGAGCUCGUCCGGCUGUCUGGGCUUGAAGAUGACCAGGAGCUGGGCGGCGAGCUGGUGCAGGAGCACGUGCCCAGGAUCCAGGUGUCCGAGUACCCUGACUACUCACUGCGGUGGGGGCCAGGGGAGGGGGUGGCCGGGGCCGAGGAGCUGGGCCCAGGAGGCUGGGGCCCCACUGGCCAGAGCCAGGAGCUGCGGGCCGCCUACCGCUAUACCCACGGCCGAGCCAGCGAGGAGUAUGAGUGCUAUGUGAUCCCCGAGGAGGAGGAUGAAGAGGAGGCGGCCGAUGUCUUCUGUGUCACCUGCAGAGCCCCGCACAGAGCAUCUGAGCUGGCCAAGGAGGAGCACCGAGACCAUGAGGUGAUGCCCCUCAGCGAGGCCCUGGAGAGCGCCAAGGAGGAGCUCCACAGGAACAUGUUCAAGCUGGAGAAGCAGAUAAUCGACAUGGAGAACUUCGCAAGUCACCUGGAGGAGGUGUUCAUCACCGUGGAGGAGAACUUUGGGCGGCAAGAGCAGAACUUCGAGUCUCACUACAAUGGGAUCCUGGAGACGCUGGCUCAGAAAUAUGAGGCAAAGGUCCAGGCCCUGGGGGAGAAGAAGCGGGCGAAGCUGGACGCCCUGUAUGGGCAGCUGCUCAGCUGCGGGGAGAACCUGGAUGCCUGCCGGCGGCUGAUGGAGUCCAUCGAGGACAUGUGCCACCAGGAGAAGGUGGCCUUCAUGCAGGAUGCAGUGGCGAUGGCUGACAGGCUCGGCAAGUUCCUGCAGACAAAGACCAACGUGGAGAUCUCUGAGCAGCCUGACUUUGAGGACCAGACCCUGGACUUCUCCGACGUGGAGCAGCUGAUGGGCUCCAUCCACUCCGUCCCAGCGCCGUCUGCUCCCGUGAUAAACCCGCAGGCCCCCAACUCGGCCACAGGGUCCUCGGUGCGUGUGUGCUGGAGCCUGUACUCCGACGACACGGUGGAGAGCUACCAGCUGACCUGCCGGCCGGUGUGUGAGCUCUCUCCUGGCCAGGGCCCAGCAGAGUUUACACUGACUGUCAAAGAGACAUACUGCUCCGUGACAGACCUCAUGCCCAACACCCAGUACGAGUUAUGGGUCACGGCGCACAACAGGACUGGCCCCAGCCCCGCCAGUGAACGCGUCGUCUACACCACAGCACCCGCCCCGCCCAUCAUAAAGCGCAGAGAGCUGAGGAGCUGUGAGCAGGCGGCCUUCAUCUGCUGGGCAUCAGGCAACCUCAACCCCGUGGACUCCUACACCGUGGAGAUCACCCCCUUGGACACACCCGACAACCUGGGCAUCACAGAGUCUGUGGUGGGCAUCCCCUCCUGCGAGUCCCUGGUGCAGCUGCAGCCCGGGCACAGCUACAGCAUCUGCGUGCGUGCCGUCAGCAUAGGCGGCCCCAGCGCCCCGAGCCAGCCAGUCACCGUAUGCACCACAGGCAGCUGCUUCCCCCUGAACCCACACACCUGCCACCCCUGGCUGAGCCUGUCUGAGGAGGAAGAUGGGCUCCUGGUGAUCCGGAGAGAGAAGGGGAGAGAGAGGGAAAGCCCCUUGAGAGAGCUGCCCCCCGGGGACACCCGGUUCUCUAGCUGUGUGGCGGUCAUGGGAAGCCUCAUCCCCGUGCGGGGCCGCCACUACUGGGAGGUGGAGGUGGACGAGGGCUGUGACUACACGGUGGGGGUGGCCUCUGAAGGUGCCCCCCGACAGGAGGACCUGGGGGCCGGCCGUCUGUCCUGGUGCAUGAGGCACACGCAGAUGUCAUCAAGACACAAGUACGAGUUUCUGCACAACAAGACCACACCAGACAUCAGGAUCACGGUGCCCCCCCACAAGAUUGGGGUCCUCCUGGACUAUGACAGCUCGGCGCUGUCCUUCUUCAAUGCGGGCCUCGCCCAGCACCUGCACACCUUCCGCAACCCGCUGCCCCACCUGCUGCACCCCUGCUUCUCUCUGGAGAAGCCAGGGUGUCUGAGGAUCCACCGUGGCAUCACCAUACCACGCCACGCCACCUUCCAUUAGCCUUCUGCCACCCUCUCUCAUCAAGCAGUCACCUCAGUGACCGGACCCUGCAUCUCCACCUCGGUGACCAGACCCUGCUGCCAUCUCCACCUCAGUGACCAGGACCCCACUGACAUCUGGCUGCCUCAGUGGGCCUGGAGCCCGUCCUGGGCACUGCCGGACGCCUUGAUGCUGUUCUGGUCAUGACCUGGCCUGCCUGUGAGAAGGACUCAGUGACAGAACAGAGGUCUUUCCAUCUGUCUUGUCUGGCCAGAGCCGGGGGUGGGGGGGGGGCCUGAGUGUUGGCUGGGGCAACCCAGCACCCCUGCCAUUGUGUUAGCUGGCCGAGGGCAGGCAUGAGAGGGCCAGAGAACCAGCGCCUUCUCGGGUCCCUCCUGCUCCCUGGUCCUGGGGGGCAGCAGUGAGGUCGCUUUCUACCCAUCCCCCCUGCAUUGUAUGUGCCAGAUUCCCAGGUAGCCUUGUGCAUGAGGUGGCCUGAGUCCCUGAGGCGUCAGCAGGGACAGUGUCCGGACCCCUCCAGCAGUAACAGAGUAGCCCCUGCCUCGAUUUCCCCACUCCAGGUUUUCCCAGUGCCCCUGCAAGGGCCAGCAGGGUACUUCCAUGGUUCCAGCGCUGGCCAUGUUCCUGGCUUCCCUGCAGUCACUGCUCUACUUGU